UAAAUCAUCUUGGAUGGGAGAGAGAGAAUACAAAAAUAGAUCACUAUGCAAAGUCAUACAAACUCCCCGUUUCAAUCUCAAAAUACAUGACAAAGUAUUCUUCACAAAAUGAAGAGGUAAACGACAAGCAACAAACCACCCACCACCAGUUUUCCAAAUUUCUUAGUAUCCCCUAAAAAUUAGAAAGUGAAGCAAUAAAAGCUUUUUUACCAUUAACAAUCUAAGGAGCACAAUAAACAAUUUCUUCCUUAUUUCUCUGACUGCUCUUAGCUUUGGAAGCCGUCUUAGCCCAAUAAUUUGUAAUAGCUGUAGAAUUAGGUCGACUCGAAUGACCACCAGAUUGAAUCUCCUUUGCACCCAGAAAAGAAUAAAACUCCUUCACAAAUUCGUUUUUAUAGAAUUACUCAAAUCAACCUCAUGAACAGAUCCCUCUAACAUCAUGUGAAAAGAUGGAGGAAGGCUAGACGCAACAAUGAAAUAACGGGGGACACCGCCAGGCGGCGAUGCCAUGAUAUCCGACGAAACUCUGAAGAUGAAGAAAAUGUCAACAUAGACGGCCAGGGUCGAGCUCAUUUGCUGCAAGUGUAGAAUCUAAGUUGAAAGUUUCCCUCUCCAAAUUUCAGAGGGGCUUGGUGCCUUGGCCUGCCCUGGGGACCCAUGGCUAUUAUACAGCCCAAUAUACGAACGGUUGCACUAUGGACACGUCUCCUUAAGUAGGCGCAUAGCUUGUAUCGUGUAACAUUUCGCACCACUAAUAAAAUUACAGUUCCCAAUUUCCCAUUCUUCUUCAUCUUCCCUCCCAAAUUCUGUAAUAUCCAAUUAAACUGGUGGAAAACACCCACUGCGUAAGUGAAACCUUUUGUAAUCAUACACCCAUCACAAUCUUGUCCUCAACGUCUUUCUCAUUUUGCUCUCCACCAUGACAUCAUCAUCCUCGACAAUGGCGAUUCAACCGGGAAGAAUCCGGGUUCUCAAAGAAGGAUUACUACCCAAAUUAUUGUCUGAACAAAAAUGUGGACCAGUUGUUUACUGGAUGUUUAGAGAUCAAAGGGUUAAAUAUAAUUGGGCAUUAAUCCAUGCCGUUGAUCAAGCUAACAAAGGAAAUGUACCUGUUGUUGUUGCAUUUAAUCUUUUUGAUGCAUUCAAAGGUGCGAAGAAUCGUCAAUUAGGGUUUAUGUUAAAGGGUCUUCGCCAACUUCAGCAAACAUUAGUAGAGUCCUUUCAAAUCCCAUUCUUCUUGUUUCAGGGAGAAGCAGUAGAAACAAUUCCGAAUUUUAUGAGAGAAAGUGGAGCUUCACUUUUGGUAACAGAUUUUUCGCCAUUGAGGGAAGUUAGGAAAUGGAAAGAAGAAAUGUGUGAACGAGUUGGUGAUUCAGUUACAGUGCAUGAAAUCGAUGCACAUAAUGUAGUUCCACUGUGGGUUGCAUCAGGUAAAUUAGAGUACGGUGCAAGAACUAUAAGGAGUAAAAUUCACAAGUUGCUUCCUGAGUAUCUCAUUGAUUUUCCUCAACUUCAAACUCCUAACAAGAAAUGGGUUGGUAUUAGUCCUUUGAUAGAUUGGGAGAAACUCAUCGACGAUGUUUUGAGAAAAGGAGCAGAAGUACCUGAAAUUGAGUGGUGUGAACCUGGAGAAGUUGCUGCAAUGGAAGCUCUUCAUGGUGCUAAAAAUGGAUUCCUUUCAACCACCAGGUUGAAGAACUAUAAUACUGAUCGCAAUAACCCAUUGAAGCCAAGAGGACUUUCAGGCCUUUCUCCUUAUUUGCAUUUUGGUCAGAUUUCAGCGCAACGGUGUGCGUUGGAGGCUCGGAAUGUUCGCAGCGUCAAUCCUCAGUCAGUCGACUCGUUCAUGGAGGAGUUGAUCGUACGAAGAGAACUCGCAGACAAUUUUUGCUACUAUCAGCCUCAGUAUGACUCUAUACAGGGCGCGUGGGAAUGGGCUCGGAAAACUUUGAUGGACCAUGCAAAUGAUAAGCGAGAACAUGUUUAUACGAGGGAGCAACUGGAGAAAGCAAAAACUGCUGAUCCUCUGUGGAAUGCAUCACAACUAGAGAUGGUUCAUCAUGGAAAAAUGCACGGAUUCAUGAGAAUGUAUUGGGCUAAAAAGAUUUUAGAAUGGACAAAUGGACCAGAAGAAGCACUUUCUACAGCUUUAUACUUAAAUGACAAGUACGAAAUAGAUGGUAGGGACCCAAAUGGAUAUGUAGGUUGUAUGUGGUCGAUAUGUGGUGUUCAUGAUCAGGGUUGGAGGGAACGGCCGGUGUUUGGCAAGAUAAGGUACAUGAACUAUGCAGGAUGCAAACGGAAAUUCGACGUCGAAGGUUAUAUCGCGUAUGUCAAGAGACUAGUUGGCGGAAUCAAGAAGCGGAAAGCAGAAAUUACAAUUAGUGCCGAGGUUAAGGCAAAGUUGAAGUCUGACGUUGUACAAGAUCUGGUAAAAGGUAGAAUCCAAGAAAAUCCUUCAGAGAUUGUCCCGUUAUUAUCUUCCUAAAGAUUCAUACUGGGAACAUAUUUGUUCAGUGGCAGAAAUAGAAAUGAAGUGUAUUAUGUUUAGGCACGGUUUGAUUUCCAUAUUUUGUAAUUCAGAUGGUCAUGGAAGUGUACCUUCUAAAUAUGAGACUAUUGAUUGUCAGUGGGAACUGAAUUUCCAUGUCUAUAAAUAUAAGGUACCCAGGCUUUUUCCUCA